UUGGACACACACAACCAGAAACUCCAAGAACAGUGGCCCAAAUUCAAAAAAAAACUUUAUUUUAUUUUUGAAAACAAAUCCCCCCCAUUACUUCUCACUCUCCCAACGAUCAAAUGCGAAUCACUGAAACCUAACCCACAAUUCUCCCUCUCUUUUGCUCCCCAAGAUGCAGGAUUUCAUCGGCUCCGUUCGCCGAUCUCUGGUUUUCAAGCCUUCCGGCGACUCGGAAACCGGUGCCGGAAGUGCAUUUGGAGGUUUCGUUGAGAAAAUCGGUUCCAGCAUACGUAAAUCGAGUAUUGGAAUCUUCUCCAAGUCUCAAGUUCCUUCUCUUCCGUCGAUUUGUAAAGCUGAGCCUUCACCGGUGAAGGCGGCUCGGAAAGAUGAUACUCCGCCAAUCCGCUGGAGGAAAGGUGAAAUGAUUGGAUGUGGUGCUUUUGGUAGGGUUUAUAUGGGCUUGAAUGUUGAUUCUGGAGAGCUUCUCGCUAUAAAGGAGGUUUCUAUUGCGAUGAAUGGUGCUUCAAGAGAGCGAGCUCAAGCUCAUGUUAGAGAGCUCGAGGAAGAAGUGAAUCUAUUGAAGAAUCUCUCCCAUCCUAACAUAGUGAGAUACUUGGGAACUGCAAGAGAGGUGGGAUCACUAAAUAUAUUGUUGGAAUUUGUUCCUGGUGGCUCAAUCUCGUCACUUUUGGGAAAAUUUGGAUCCUUCCCUGAAUCUGUUAUAAGAAUGUACACCAAACAAUUGUUAUUGGGUCUGGAAUACUUGCAUAAGAAUGGAAUUAUGCACAGAGAUAUUAAGGGAGCAAACAUACUUGUCGAUAAUAAAGGUUGCAUUAAACUUGCUGAUUUUGGUGCAUCCAAGAAGGUUGUUGAAUUGGCUACUAUGACUGGUGCCAAGUCAAUGAAGGGUACUCCAUACUGGAUGGCUCCUGAAGUUAUUCUGCAGACUGGCCAUAGCUUCUCUGCUGACAUAUGGAGUGUCGGAUGUACUAUCAUUGAAAUGGCUACUGGAAAACCUCCUUGGAGCCAGCAGUAUCAGGAGGUUGCUGCUCUCUUUCAUAUAGGGACAACUAAAUCCCAUCCUCCCAUCCCAGAGCAUCUUUCUGCUGAAGCAAAGGACUUUCUAUUAAAAUGCUUGCAGAAGGAACCACACCUGAGGGCUUCUGCAUCAAAUUUGCUACAGCAUCCAUUUGUUACGGGGGAACAUCAGGAAGCACGCCCUUUUCUUCGCUCUUCCUUUUUGGGAAACCCCGAAAACAUGACAGUACAAAGGAUGGAUGUUAGAACCUCAACCAAUCCUGAUAUAAGAGCUACCUGCAAUGGUUUGAAAGAUGUUUGCGACGUGAGCACUGUGAGGUGCUCCACUGUAUAUCCUGAAAAUUCAUUAGGGAACGAGUCACUUUGGAAACUAGGGAAUUCAGACGAUGACAUUUGCCAGAUGGAUAAUGAUGAUUUUAUGUUUUGUGCAUCUGUGAAAUGCAGUUCAGAUUUGCAUUCCCAUGCUAAUUAUAAGAGUUUUAACCCUAUGUCGGAACCUGAUAAUGAUUGGCCAUGCAAAUUCGAUGAAAGUCCCGAGUUAACGAAAAGUCAAGCAAACCUUGAUUUUGGUCAAGCAACUAUUAAGCCUACAAAUAGCCCCAUCAUGUCAUACAAGGAGGAUGCUUUCGCAUUUUCAGGUGGGCAAUCUGCAGCCGAGGAUGACGAUGAAUUGACAGAGUCUAAAAUUAGAGCAUUCCUUGAUGAAAAGGCAAUGGAUUUGAAGAAGCUGCAAUCGCCACUAUAUGAAGAAUUCUACAAUUCCUUGAAUGUUUCCAGCACCCCGAGUCCUGCUGGCAUUGGAAACAAGGAAAAUUUUCCAAGUAAUGUAAACUUACCACCAAAAAGCCGGUCCCCAAAGCGUUUUCUUAGCAGAAGACUUUCUACUGCCACUGAAGGUGCUUAUUCUCACAGCCCAGUUACUCAUUCCAAGAGAAUAUCAAAUAUUGGUGGCUUAGGUAAUGAAGCUAUUCAGGAACUUCAAUCACCAAGGAACAAUGAAUGGAAAGGUCCUCUUGGAUCUCAACGUGACGCCGUCAAUUCAAGCUUCUCUGAGAGGCAAAGAAAGUGGAAAGAAGAGCUUGAUGAAGAGUUGCAAAGGAAACGAGAGAUUAUGCGUCAGGCAGUCAACUUAUCACCGCCAAUGGAUCCAGUUUUAAAUCGAUGUAGAAGUAAAUCAAGGUUUGCAUCUCCUGGGAGAUAAAUGUAUGUACCCGUGUCUCUAAAUUAAAGUCAGCUUGAAGGAUAUAAUUAAUGAUCCUGCAAUCACAGAAUAUAGACUUAGAUGUCUUGGCCAGGUAGACGAAUGCGUGGUUUUCUUGGAGGAUUAGAGGUUCUCAUCAAUGACAAAAUGAGCUGUUACUUCAGGAUUAUCAGUGUUUGUCAGGUUGAGCGAGCUGUUACUGCAGGAAUAUAUCUCCAAAUCUUAUGAUAAAAUAUCAAUAAUUUGUUGUGUACAUUUUGAUCAUUCUCCUAGAGGGGCAUGCAUCGUAAGAAAAAGAAAGCUGCAGGCUUUUUUUCACAUACACAAGCUGUUAUCUCAUGGUAUUUGCCAAUACUAAAACAGAGAGAAAAGUUAGAGUUCUCACCUGUUGAACUAUUUGUAAAAUGUGAUCUAUUAAUGUAUUUUACCCUCUUACAAUCUACAGGCUACAAAUUAGAA